GCACAGAUUGUUCAAGAAAAUGUCCAAAUGUAUGAUAUGAGCUUAUGGCUGCAAUACAAAUUUAGCAGCAUCCCUCCAAUUGAGACAUAUAUGCAUUGGAAGCGACAUGAGAUUGAUUGGGUUUGUCUCAAUUCAGAUGGAUAUGUGAAAGUAUGCAUGUUGCAGGGUGAGUGUAUAGAGACCAUCAUGGAAAUUGGCUCGGUGGUUAUGCCAUGAAUCUAGGAUUUUGCAGCAAUCAGGCAGCUGAAUUAUGGGGUGUUUACAUAUGCCUCAAUGUUGCUAGAGCUAGGGGAUACAAUAAGCUAGCGCUGGACAAAUUAACGAAAUCCAGCCCAAACCGACCGAACCAUGUGGCCCCGUAGACACCGGUUCGGGUGAGUCGGUUUUUCGGUUUGACGGUUUGAAUAAUCUUGGGUUCACAUGGGUUAAACCGGUCGGUUUAGGUUUGGUGAUCCUAGCAUGUUUAUAAUGUCGACUUAACAGACACUUGUUAAUCUAAGAAGAAAUUUACACCAGUUUGUAACAUGACCUCUGGAGCAAAGGGACACCAUUUCAACCGAAUAACCCCCAAAAUAAAUUAGUGAUUGUUGCUACUUUCUACUUUUUGCUUAUGUACCAUUGGUUGGUUAACGUAACAUGCUGACCUAUGUCAUGAAUCCACUUCAAACAGUUAAUAUCUGAUCCAAACUAGAUUGAGUCACAAAUACAUCUUUUCUGAUUCUUUGUUAUUGAUUUGAAGAUAUUAAGGACAUGAACUUUAUCAUUCUGAGGUGUAUCCAAUAUUAUUUCUUUUGUAUUUAUUGUCCUACCUGAUCUUUGCACUGUUACAGUUCCUUAACAGAAGCUUUUUGCAUAGCCAUAUUAAAGGCUGCUAGCUGUGGAUUGUUAACAGUCAGCACGCGUGUCGGAGGUGUUCCUGAGGUUGUACCAGAUGACAUGAUUGUUUUGGCAGAACCUGAUCCAAGUGAUAUGGUGCGCGCAAUCCAAAGGGCAAUAACUAUGCUGCCUAAAAUUGAUCCUCAAGUCAUGCACAAUCGAAUGAGGGAACUCUAUAGCUGGCAUGAUGUUGCCAAAAGGACCGAAAUUGUAUAUGACCGUGCUCUGAAGUGUUCCGAUCAAAACCUACUUGAACGUCUCUCACGAUACCUCUCUUGUGGAGCAUGGGCAGGAAAGAUCUUUUGCUUGGUUAUGAUCUUCAAUUUUUUGCUAUGGCAUCUACUGGAACUAUGGCAGAUGAAAUUGAGGAGGCGCCCGAUGUUAUUCUUUCGCGCAACUGCGAUGGAUUGGAGGGAUGUUGCAGAAAAUACAACAAUGCAGAAAAUUACAAUAGUAGUGAUACUAAUAAUAUUUCAUAGGAAAAAAAUGCUGACAUGAUUCGACGAUUCUGCUUCAAAUGAGUCAAUUAAGCUCCCAUUUCCGAAAAAUGCAGCAAUUUCAUAAGUUUUAAGAUAUAUUGUUUUA